ACCACUGACGUAUGUAAACAACUACUUUACAGCAACACGGUGUACUGUCGUACAUUGCAUUUAUUUUGCAUCCCAUGCCAUGGAUACAAGCUUGCUGGCAGAAUUAUGUGUCUACACGUGGGGAACGAACAGCUACUGGCAGUUAGGACAGGGCCAUGUGGAAGACCGGUCAGUGCCCAGGCUCGCUGAUGGAGCCCUACAGAUGGGCACGGUGCGCCAACUCAGUGGAGGUGGUGGGCAUUCUGCUGUGGUCUCUGAGAAAGGAGAGCUGCUGGUGUGUGGGCAGAACCACAGAGGUCAGCUGGGACUGGUCACAGUUUAGAGGUCCCACCUUUCAACUCUGUCCUCUCAUUGGUCAGAGGUUGCACACGUGUCCUGUGGUUGGGAUUUCACACUCGUCC